UCAAUGACGAACGAGGAGCAAGAGCAGUACCAGGAAGGAGAAGAAAGCGGAGGCGAAAGCAUGGAUUGUCAGUCUGAUGGAGGAGAAGAGGAGGAAAGCGAGGACUCAAGCAAUGGUGAAGAAGUCGAGUCACCACCUUGCAACGAAAAGCGUUCCAAACAUAAGCACGACCCAUCAAGUAUCCACGGCGAAGUAGCUAAGCCGACCAGACAGACUUCGAAGCGCACUCGGACCUCUUCGCCUAUGCCGACUCAGAAGGCUCCAAAGCAGCCAAAAGUUGCAGAACCAAAGCCUCGGAAGACCCUGCCCAAGAUCAAGAUCGACGUCCCUGUCACUUCUGCAGCUGCUACCUCUGGGACUUCUGCUUACAGGGAUGAUGACGAGGAUGUGGAAGACGCGGUCACUUCUAACCCGGCUCCUCCCAAUGUCAUUGAUCUUCCAGAUGACGAUGAGGAUGUGCCGCUGAGGCCCAGGAGGAGUAAGAAGACAUCAACUAGCAAGGUGCCCCAGUCGACACUAGUGACGGAGCCAGUGAUCCAGGAGACCGGUGAUGCCAACCGAGCUUCUGUGUCUUUUGCCGUACCAUUGUCGAGUGCUCAGCUUUAGAUGUCGACUUCUCAGAUCCCAACCGAUACACCGUCUCCAAUCUUCACUACGUAUCGCGUCCCGGAGGACCAAGUGGGUGCUGCCAAGGAGGCCAUAUGCAUCAUGAUGGAGCAAAUGAAGGUGGUUCG